AUGAACGAAGGCGAAGCAGUCAGCGCAACAACCAGCACGACAGUACAGCAUGGUACAACACCGGCAGAAAUUUGCCGCAUAGGUGUCCAGCCGCCGGUAUUUUGCAAACGCGACCCCGACUUAUACUUCCUGCAGAUGGAGGCGCAAUUUCGCAACGCACGCAUUACACAAGACCAGACGAAAUACGACUACGUGAUUGGUUCGUUGGACGGGUCUACACUAAGAAAAGUUGCAGAUAUUGUAAGAUCACCUCCAUCGCAAAACAAAUACGACGCAAUAAGGAAUCGCCUGAUACAAAACUUUGCUGACUCUGAAAACAAAAAGCUACGCAGACUCAUACUCGAUUGCGAACUUCAUGACAACAAGCCAUCACAAUUACUUCGCACUAUGCGCGACCUAGCAGCUGGAGCCAUGAAUGACGGCGCACUGAAACAAUUCUGGCUAGAUCGUUUGCCCGUUGCAGUGCGAGCUGUUGUGUCCAUCGCUGACGGUGAUCUUGACAAAUGCGCACUUCAAGCUGAUAAAAUGAUAGAGAUGGGGAGUUAUGGUUCUGGAGCCACUGUAGAUGGUGCAAAAAAUUCUCAAUCAGCACAGUCAUCAUCAAUUGAAGAAAUGCAAACCAUAAAAAACGCCGUUUUACAACUGAGCAAAGAUGUAGCUGAAAUAAAGCAGCGACAAUACUCAAAUAGAAGACCUCGAUUCCGAACUCCAGAUCGUGAUCCAGUCCAGCACAUCCGCACACGUUCUGCAAAUCAGGUUUGGUGCCAAUGCAAUCAAAUGUACCAAGCCUUGCAAAUACAAGGCAACGGAAAACUAAAAACAGCUUUGUCAGAGACGGUAGAUGAAGCUAGUGGUUAUAAGUCAAGCCGUCUGUUUAUUGUUGACAAAAAGACUCAACACAAAUUUUUGGUGAAUACGGGCGCAGAUUUCUCGGUUUUCCCGAUAACCGCAAUCGCUAACCCUAAAUCCAAACCCACAACAAGUACACUGUUUGCAGCGAACGGAUCACACAUUAAAACAUAUGGUUCCAAACUUCUGACACUCAAUCUGGGGCUGAGGAAAAGUUUCGCCUGGUAUUUCACCAUCGUUGACGUGUCAAAGCCAAUACUAGGAGCCGACUUCCUCAAAAACUUCAACUUAUUGGUCGACGUCGCUAACAAGCGAAUUAUCGACAAUCAAACGAAGUUGCAGACGUUGUGCAUAGCUGAAAUUGCAGCCUACUCUCCAGUUUCUUCAGUCAACAGCGACAACAAGUACCAGAAACUCCUGGCCAAAUUCAAGGACCUGACUUCACCACUAACAUUUAAUUCGUUGAACACAACAAAAACAACGGUUCAACAUCACAUUUACACUAGCGGACGUCCUGUUUUUUCACGCGCUCGGCGGCUGAACCCAAGUAUGUUACAGAUAGCUCGUCAAGAAUUCGAGUACAUGUUAAGUCAUGGAAUUUGCACCCACUCGAAGAGCGAUUGGGCUAGCCCGUUGAAUAUGGUUUCUAAAAAGAACGGCACGUGGCGACCAUGUGGGGAUUAUCGACAACUCAACUCACAAACGUUACCAGACCGAUAUCCUAUCCCACACAUCCAAGACUUCGCACAAACAUUCAACGGCAAGUCAAUCUACACUACGAUAGACAUCGAAAAAGCGUAUUUCAACAUACCGAUAGCUGCAGAAGACAAAAAAGACAGCGAUCAUCACGCCAUUUGGUCUUUUUGA